CGCAAAGCAUGCUGGGAGAGGAAAACUCCAGGAACCUGAGGGAAAGAGGAAGUUCUGCUGGAAACGUCCUGUAAAGAGGCUCUGAUGUCCGGACAGCGGGAGGGAGAGCCCCGGCAUGAGGAGCAGGUUCCUGUGAUAUAGGAUUGUCCGAUGACAUCAUCAAUACCAGAUAAUGGAUGGAGACAGGGACAAGAUGGCUGAGAGGAUAUUAAAUCUUACCCUAGAGAUACUCUUCCUGCUUACUGGAGAGGAUUACACAGUAGUGAAGAAGACUUCUAUUGGGUGCUGUCAGGCCCCUGUGUCAGAAUCUCCAGUAGGAACCCUGAGCCCAAUCAUGUGGCCUUCACUUCACCCCCUGAUACUCGAGAAGAAGAAUAAGAAGAUCCUAGAAGUCGUCCACAAGAUGAUGGAGCUGCUGACUGGAGAGGUUCCUCUAAGGUGUCAGGAUGUCGCUGUCUAUUUCUCCAUGGAGGAGUGGGAGUAUUUAGAAGGACACAAGUGUCUGUACAAGGAGGUCAAGAUCGAGGAGGACCAGCCCCUCACAUCUCCAGAGAGAUCCAGUCAGAGGACAACACCAGAGAGAUGUCCCCGUCCUCUUCUUUCACAGGAUGGUCAGAUUUUAUGUCAGGAUGAAGAUCUGAACAAUAUUAAUGCUACAGAGACAGAUGUGUGGAGCGAUGAGGAAUACAAGGAGGAGGUUCCUACAGAGAUGUAUGAGAGGGGUGAUAAAAAGUGUAAGGAGGACAGUCCUACAGAUCAGAGUCCAGGUGAUGGGAUCGGGAGCUUAGAGGGACAUCUUAUAUCUUCAGAUUAUAAUGCAGAUGAUCCGGGUGUCACAUCAGAUACAUAUGAAGAAUGUGCCAUUGACGCAGAUGUACCCUCAGACCUUUACAGCAAAAAUAUGUCAACUGAUCUUUUAAAAGUCCAAUCUUCUGAUUCACAGACUGUUACACAGAGUGAAGGACACAGAAGUGGUGCUGGAGCCCAAAGAGCUCAGAAAGAGAAGAAGUCGCAUUCAUGUUCAGAAUGUGGCAAAUGUUUUGCUAAGAAAUCACAUCUUGAGAGCCAUCAGAGAAUUCACACAGGGGAGAAGCCAUUUUCAUGUUCAGAAUGUGGGAAAUGUUUUACUGAGAAAUCAAGUCUUGAGAGACAUCAGAAAAUUCACACAGGGGAGAAACCAUUUUCAUGUUCAGAAUGCGGGAAAUGUUUUACUCAAAAAUCAGUUCUUCUUCGACAUCAAAGCAGUCACACAGGGGAGAAGCUGUAUUCAUGUUCUGAAUGUUGGAAAUGUUUUACUCAGAAAUCAAGUCUUGAGAGACAUCAGAGAAUUCACACAGGGGAGAAGCCUUACUCAUGUUCAGAAUGUGGGAAAUAUUUUACUCACAAAUCAAAUCUUGAGAGACAUACGAGAAUUCACACAGGGGAGAAGUCUUAUUCAUGUUCCGAAUGUGGGAAAUAUUUUUGCCUGAAAUCAGAACUUCUUGUGCAUAGGAGGUUUCACACUGGAGAGAAGCCAUUUUCGUGUACAGAAUGUGGGAAAUGUUUUACUCAGAAAUCAUCUCUUGAGAGCCAUCAGAGAAAACACACAGGGGAGAACCUAUAUUCAUGUUUAGAAUGUGGCAAAGAUUUUAAUCACAAAUUAUUUCUUGAGGACCAUCAGAGAAGUCACACAGGGGAGCAGCUGUAUAUAUGUUCAGAAUGUGGCAAAUGUUUUUCUCAGCAAUCCUCUCUGGAGAACCAUCAGAGAAGACACACAGGGGAGAAGCCAUAUUCAUGUUUAGAAUAUGACUGUACCAGGAGCUUGGAGGAACAUCUGAUAUCUACAUAUUAUAAUGCAGAUGAUCCAGGUGACGUAUCAGAUACACAUGAAGCAUGUGUCAUUAUCCCAGAUGUACCCUCAGACUUUCACAGCAAAAAUAUAUCAUCUCAUCCUUUAAAACGAAUCCAAUCUUCUGAUUCAUCGCAGACUGUUACAGAGAAUCAAAAUUACAGAAUGAGUGCUGAAGUCCAAAGAACUGAGGAAGCAAAGAAGUUGUAUUCAUGUUCAGAAUGUGGCAAAUGUUUUAGUCAGCAAUCAAAUCUUAACAGCCAUGAGAGAACUCACAGAGGGGAGAAGCCACAUUCAUGUCCAGAUUGUGGGAAAUGUUUUAGUAAGAAAUCAUAUCUAAAAAACCAUCUAAGAAUUCACACAGGGGAGAAGCCAUUUUCAUGUUCAGAAUGUGGGAGAUGUUUUACUCGAAAAUCAAUUCUUCUUCGACACCAAAGCAGUCAUACAGGGGAGAAGCUGUAUUCUUGUUCUGAAUGUUGGAAAUGUUUUACUCAGAAAUCAAGUCUUGAGAGACAUCAGAGAAUUCACACAGGGGAGAAGCAAUAUUCAUGUUCAGAAUGCGGGAAAUAUUUUACUCACAAAUCAAAUCUUGAGAGACAUAAGAGAAUUCACACAGGGGAGAAGCCGCAUUUAUGUUCUGAAUGUGGGAAAUGUUUUUGCCUGAAAUCAGAACUUCUUGUGCAUCAGAGAUUUCACACUGGAGAGAAGCCAUUUUCGUGUACAGUGUGUGGUAAAUGUUUUACUCAGCAAUCAGCUGUUGUUAAACAUCAGAGAAGUCACACAGGAGAGAAGCCGUAUUCAUGUUCAGAAUGUGGGAAAUGUUUUACUCAGAAAUCAUCUCUUGAGAGCCAUCAAAGAAUUCACACAGGGGAGAAGCUGUAUUCAUGUUCAGAAUGCGGAAAAUGUUUUACAGUGAAAUCAAAUCUUGUUAAACAUCAGAGAAUUCACACAAGGGAUAAGUAGUUCUAACUCUUUCCCAAUAGCUGCCAUAUUUGGAUGGUUGUCUGGUAUUUAAAGGCUAUGGGCACCUUUUAAGGCAUUUUUUAUUAUUGCAUUGUACUCAAUCUGAGGUACAAAUAAUUUUUUUUCAAUUGGUCUUGAUCAAAAAAUGUUAGCCUCUUUCACUGUACAGCGUUGGGAUUCUCUAGUAACUGUGUGUCACAUGAAGCCUUAUCUCUGAUCUCCUGAUGGUUCAUAAACACUCAUUAUACCUCAAUUCAAAUGUAUGAGCUGUUAGGGAAUCCGAGAUAAGGACUUUACAAAGCCAUCAGAUGAGCUCAGUGAAAGUAAGAUGCUCACAGCUAGGCUAAAACUUAACCCUUUGUAACAAAAACUGAUGAAUAUUUCUAAUAUAAUUCUAAAAAUGAUUUUAACCCAAAAUAAGUAAAAUGCUAUCAUAAAAACAAAAUUGCCCCCAAAGGUCUUCAUACCCUUUAAAGGGCAUCUGUCAGCAGUUUUGUACCUAUGACACUGGCAGGCCGGUUUGCUCGGCAGC